AUGCGCCCCUCUUCCCUCGUCUCUUUCCUGGCCGUGUGCGGCUUGGCCCUGACGCAGUCCGUCAACCUCUCCUCCAUUUAUGGGCCUGGUCUGUCCAGCGGCGCCGAGAUCUUCUACGCGUCUGACCCCGACUGGGCGUCCGAGGUGACGCCCCGGUGGACGCUGUACCAUGCCCCGACGUUCUAUGGCGCUAUCAAGCCGGCCACGGAGGCUGAUGUGCAGCAUAUCGUGAAGACGUCUGUCGCCCGCGGCAUUCCCUUUCUGGCGACCGGGGGUGGGCACGGUGUCACGACGACCUUGGGGCGCGUGCGCAAUGGUAUCGAGAUUGACCUGAGCAAUUUCCGCACGGUGGAGGUGUCGGAGGAUGCAAGUGAGAUUGUUGUCGGGGGGGCUGCCAUUUAUAAUGACAUUUAUGGGCCCAUGUAUAAGGCGGGGAAGAUGAUGGCGAUGGGCAACUCCCCCUGCGUCGGCGUCAUCGGGGCAGCCCUCGGCGGCGCGGUGGGAAUGUGGCAGGGCCUGUACGGCGUGGGCGUCGACUCCCUCCUGUCCGUCCGACUGAUCACCGCGGCAGGCGAGCUGGUGAUCGCAUCCAAAACCUCCCACGCGGACCUGUUCUGGGCGAUCCGCGGCGCCGGGGCCAACUUUGGCAUCGUCACGUCGGCGACCUUCCAGCUGCACGACGCCGUCAACGACGGCCUGGUCGCCAGCACCAACUUCGUCUACCCGGGGUCCGCCAACGCGUCCGUGUGGGAGGCCAUCGCCUCGUUCGACAAGAACAUGCCAAAUGAACUGGCCAUUACGGCUGAAGCGUCGUUUAAUCGCACCUUGAAUGAGCCCCUCAUCCUAGUCAACGUAAACUACUACGGCCCGCGUCUCUCCGCGCAGCCCUACCUGGAAGCCUUCCACGCGGCCGGCCCGGCGCUGGUGAUCCCGCUGGACCUGCCAUGGGUAACCCUACAGGCCCUAUCCAGCACCGUCGACACGACCGACUGCACGCCCGGCCAGAACGCCAACGAGUACACCAUCGCGCUCAAGACCACCGACGUGGCCACCUACACCUCCUUCUUCAACGACCUGACCGUCUUCUGGCAGCAGAAUCCGACCUACGCCGGCAGCUUCGUCAUCGAUCGCUACCCGACGGCUGUCAUGCAGGAGGUGCCGGAUAACGAGACGGCCUAUCCGUUGCGAGACGCUCUCACGCAGAUUCUCUUCGAUAACAUCUACCCCUCCCCCUCGCUGAACCCCACCGUGAAUGCAUUCAUGCGCGCCGCCCGCGCCCGGUUCCAGAAGACCUCGGGGUUUGACGAGUUGGCCGUGUAUGUGAACUUUGCGCAGGGGGAUGAGGGCCCCAGGGCGUGGUACUCGGAGCGGAAGCUGGGGAGGUUGCAGCGGUUGAAGAGGACGUGGGAUCCGAAUGCGGUGUUUAGUUAUAGUAAUCCGGUGCCGGUUUAG